ACCGCAGUUCGCGGUGAGCCGCGGUGCAAUCCACUCACGCUUGCAUUGCGUCGUUCCUCGUGCGUGUCAUACUCGUAUCGUACUCGUAUCGAUCGCUACGAUGCAUCCGACUGAUUGUUCGUGAAUCUCGCCGAGAGUUUCUUCAAAAAUUUCUACAGAAUUUAUGAAGAAUUCGUCGGGGCGAUUCGUAGAGAGUCUGCUUAGAAGUUCGCAUGGGAUUUGCAAAGAAUUCGUGUAAUUGUGGGUAUAAUUCGUGGGAAAAUAUCGUGGAAGUUGUAUAAAGAAUUCAUCGAUUCGUAAUCAUAAAAAUUCAUGAAACCGGUAAUUCCUAAAGAAUCGAUUAAAGAAUUCGUAUAAAACGGAGAAAAUGAAGAAUUCGUGGAAUUAUAGUUAAAAGAUAUAUUCAUAGAAUGAUCGAUAAAGAAUUUAUAAAGAAUUCGUUAAAAAGUCCGCUGGGUCGAAAUAGGUAUUUUAUCUGUGCCUGGGGAAUGAACGUUUCGAUCGAGUGGAUUGUUUUAAUUUAUCGCCACGCGUGUCCCGUUUAUGCAGCCACAACAGAGUGGUUUCCGGUCCUAAAAUAACAGACGCGGAUAUACAUCUUAAUUGAUAAUGAAUCGCGUUGAUGCAACGAUAUUUCGUCACUGUUCGCUGGUUUUGCUUCGAGCAGAAUUCGUUUUGGAGUUUCUGUGAUGCCUUGUCGUCGUAGCCUAAUGCGAUCGUCGCAUGAUUGUUUAAUGUGCAUCGUGCAGGAAAAGUUAUCGGUGUCUGAUUUCGGUGAUGCGUUAAAUAAACACGUGUCUCGUGUGACGUAAAUAUUUGACACGACUGGAUUAACAUAAUCGUUUAGAGUUCACUGCAACGAUUUCCUCUAUCUAUAUUACGUGUUAUAAAUUUAAGUAUCGCGCUACGUUCUACGUAUUGUAUUCUAUGCAUCGAGCAAAAGAAGAUAAUAAUAUGGCUCCUGUUUAAUUUGAAUACCAUUUGACUUCCUAAGUAAUGCAGCCUAUGCAUCGAACAAAAGAAGACAAUGGAAUACUCGAUGAUACCUGCAUACUUACACAGUUCGUAUGCCAAAUAGAAAUGCGUCACGAGGGCAAUCGUUAUUGCACGAUCUUGUUCAUAUUUACACUGCUAAAAAUUGACUCACCGUGUGCAACGAGUUACACGCGGAGCGAAGACUACCGAGGCUUCGCGAUUGCGACGUCAAUAAAUUUCGGCAUAACUUAUCAGCCACAAUGAUAACGCUGCUAUAAGCCAACAUACGAAACUGGAUAUUUCUUUCGUUAUCAACUCUACUGGAUAAAAAAGAAUGUGCAACUUUCGAGACUCGUGCUCGAGUUUCUUCUAAUCUCCGAUGUCAUGCCCUCGUAAACAUAUUGAUCAAGUAAUUUAUAUGUACAUACAUUGAAAUGAUCCGAAUCAUCGGAAUCUUGCGUGCAUAACGUGUCACGCUGCAUCGACGCUACAGUACCGUUAUAAAUUCUAUUGUCGAAUACAAAAGUAUGAGUGAGUAGAUAUUGGUGUCACACCGACUCAGACGCGGCUAACGGCGUUCUGUUAAAUGCAGCAGCACGUAGAGAAAGUUGUGAGUUGACUAGAUCGACUGAUUAAUCACUAUCGCUCGCGAAGACCGCAGAACCGCUCGUUUAAUUGGUUAGUUAGCCCACCACGUGCCAUCGAGCUGCUUUUUCCCCAUGAUAAUCGUAAGAGCUAUGUGGAUCGAUCGAAACGAGACUAAAUGCGCCUGGUCUUCUUUUAUUUCUAGUGGCAACAUAAUCGAUCGACUGUUGUGUGCUGGAAAUUCUAAUAGCGUGAUAUCACCCAUAGAUACUUGGUUUUCCAGCAUUUCGUUCCAACGAUCAGGAAUUUGCGAAAGACUCUUUAGGAAAGUUGAAAUUCUAAGAAAAUUUAGAUAUAUCCUCUAUCGGAUGUCAUUAAUUAGACGGAUUUUUCUAAUAUUUCCUAAUAGUUCACUAUUUUCGUGAAAUUAAUGGAUAGAAUUGUUUGCUUUUGAUUAUCGAUAUUGACAUCUUUGUGUGAAAAAUGUCACUUAUAGAAAUUUUGUUGUACUCGUUAAGAUUGUUUCGCUAAACGAAUAUCAGCGAAAGACGAGCCAAAAAGUGUAGUGGAAAUAAUAACACAGAUCGUAAUUAGUGGACAUGCAGUGACCGAUGAAAUGGACAGUCUUCGUAAGAAUCGCAAUUACCCAAUUACGUAUCUUCUGACAUAUCGAACAUGUAAUCGAAAUCGUUCCACCAAUAUCAAUCUUCUUUGCUUCCCUCUGAACAUCUCUACAAAUUCAUCUACAUUUAGGCUAUUUUUUCGCGACGAAUUCUCAACAUGCAACUCGCGUCAAUGUCGACGUCGGGCAGCUAAAGUCCAACCGCGCGAUUCGCGAUAACCUUCGCUGGCCCCGAAACGGGUGGACACUUCCGAAACGGACGUUUUUUACAUUUGUACGCGACGCGAUAUGAAUUUUUGUUCGCGCGUGCAACGAUCUACCCGACUGUCCCUAUUCCCCUUACGGUCUCGUUUCCUCCGACGAACGCUCGAUUCUCCUUUUCUAACGCUUUCUCUCUAGUCCACACGCGCGCGUCCUGAUUUCACGAAAACAGCCUCUAACGCGCUCUGCCUAGUGGAACAGUUUCUUUGAAACGAAGGGAAAGGAGAAGUUUCCUUUCCAGUCUCUCCCGUAGAGUUCUAACGAAGGUCGUAGGAUCUGCUCGUCUCGUUGGGAAGGUGGACGAAAGUCGACGAAAAUCCGUAGUCGCUCGUUCCUCCACUUCGAUGGGGAGAAACAGGGAGGAGUAACUCGAUGCUUUGUCGCCUGGAGUGUGGUCUUUCUGCUCGUGAAGCUAGAGAGGGUGAGAACCUAAAAGGGAGGUCGGUAGAUGGGAAGGGUUCAAGGACGACGAAGUUUGCUGUCGAGGAAAAGGGAGGAGUAACGUUCAAGGCACACAGGUUAAUCCUCGCAGCAUGCAGCAAACACUUUCAAGAGCUCUUCGAAGGAAUGCCUCCUUCUCCCGCGGGACUGAUCGUUAUUCUCGACGGGACGAGUGCCCACAAUAUGGCGUCCCUUCUCGAAUUCAUGUACCGUGGAGAGGUCCACGUGUCCCAGGAAUCCCUCAGCUCUUUCCUCAAAGCAGCCGAAUGCCUUCAAGUAAAGGGUCUGUCUAUCGAGCACGAGAAAUUGGCAGUAGCGCAGAGGCACGCUGCGGAGAACAAUAGCUCAUCGACGGACGCCGGGGAUGGCGGAGGUGGUAGCAAUGGCGGUGGUAGCAGCGGUAGCGGAGACAACGGAAGCGGGAACGUGAGCGGAAGCGUCAGUGGAAAUGGUAACGCAGCUGGUGGUGCCAGCGGCGUCGGUGGAGGAGUUGGCGAAGUGAGCGAUAUGAGCGAAGCGGGCGAGGCAACCAUGGUGAGAAACACCAUGAAGAGGACCCCCACACCGGUACCUUCGCCCGCUCCUGCUUACACCGUGCCCAGCCUCUAUUCCACUACCUCUCACUAUUACGAAAGUCCGCCGAAAAGGCUGAUGAGAUCGCCCAGCGACGUCGAUACCUUGGGAAGGGCGAGCGUGUUGCGCGAUGGCACUGCCUUCCGGCCCGCAUCAGCGCCACAUCCGCUUCUCCUGGAGAACCACUUCUACCAGCCGUUCAUCUACCCUUCAGAAACGCCCGCACAUCCCCACACCGCACCUCACACACCGACAGAAUUGGAACAAGAAUUGGAACGAGCGAGGUCCGAGGAACGUAGCAAUUGCGAUCUCAAAGAAAGCGUAGCCGAAGAUCUUCGAAUAAAGCAAGAACCAGUGGCGAUGACCGAUCGGGAAAGGGCAGAAAAAUUGGCAGAGAGAUUGUCAGGUGAGGUUUAUUCCGGUGGAAGGGGGUUCGAUGGUGGUCAUUACGGUUCAAAUUCGGACCACAUUCAACACGGGGGACAAGUUGGCCACGCCAUAGUUCCCCUGCCGCCCGCUCAUCCGCCGACUCCUGAUCUCAGUCCUGCACCCACCACUCCUGCUAUGUGGAAUACGAAAAUUAACAAGGCUGGCACUGUUUCCACUCCGGAUGGGAAGAAACUAAAGUGUCCAUACUGUGAGAAGCUGUACGGCUACGAGACGAAUCUGCGAGCCCACAUACGGCAGCGUCACCAGGGUAUCAGGGUGCCGUGUCCGUUCUGCUCGCGGACGUUCACGCGGAACAAUACCGUCAGACGGCACAUCGCACGGGAGCACAAGGCCGAACUGAAUCUGAAGGCCUUUCAACAAACAAACCACUCAAUGUCAGACACGGUGCCGCAGUAACGGCGUCCUCGUUGUCAUCGUCGUCAUCGUCGUCGUCGUCUUCGUCGUUGUCAUCGUGGUUGUCGCUGUCAUCGUCGCGAUGACAUCGAAGACAGCCCUGUGGCUACUCGAGUUACCUGCGAGUGGCACGAAACGGAAAUACCACGAAUGCUGGAACGAGGAAGAAGCAACGAGGGUGAAGGUCUGUCCACCUUUUCCCUCGACCAACGUCGGUCAACGCCAUCCCCAUCCCAUGUAGCAUCCGAGUGGCGCUCGGGACUAAACAUUUCCUCCGCGAAAUCGCCACGCUGCGAUUGACAGCGUUGCGCCGGAAGUCAACCGACGCUUUGACAGCGAGGUCGACAAAGGAACUGUCCCGCUGUGUCUCGUCUCGGCGAUUCUAAUAGUUGUCAAUUACACCAGUCGUGUUUUCGGCUGAGCGAUUCACCGGCCGAAAGCGUCUCGAGAGCGUCACUACGAAAGAGCAACCGCCGGAACACAGAGAAUCGAGCUGAAGAAUUAGAUAAAUUUACCGCUUAUACAGAUGGUUCGACUUAUUCGAUCGCAUCAAACGAUCACUGACACAUACUCGAAGACUCAAUGGAUGCUGGACUUUCAAAAGAUUCUUCGUGUUUUGGAUUACCGCUACUUUGAAGAUUCACGUUGCUCUAACGAUUGCACGCUCUUGGCACGCUUGGUACGCUUGGUACGCUUUUGCGGAUACGAAUUGCGUUUCCUGGGAUAAAUUGUGGAGGAUGGACGUGGCGUGAACUUGGAUGCGACAAAGGUUGUUGACCAGAUGUAGUAGAAAAAAUUGUCGCACUAAUCGGAUCAUAAAGGAGGUUAGCAUUGGAAGAGAGGGAAGAUGAAAGAAGGCAAAGGAAGAUACAGGAAGAUAGAAGAAGGUAGAAGAGUGAAGCUUGGAAAAACGUCGACGUCCGAUUGCUCGCGUAGCUCGCACAAAGGUACGAGUGGGAUGAUUAGGGGUGGGAUUGAGGGAGAUGAAAGCUCGUCGCGCCUCGGAUACGCUCGCGAAAUAACGCUGGAUAAUCACAAAACUAGUCAAUAAAAGUGCAACGUCGAGUAAGAGUUAUUAACUAUAAAAGAGAAAGCUGAAGAAAAACAGUUUUUAAAAGAGCGCGAUAAAAGAUAGGGAAGUUAGAGACAAGCGUAACGCCGAAAGAUCGAAACCGAAGAAAAGACGCGAAUAGUUGAAAGUAUGUUGAAACGCAGAUUCACAAUGUCAAGAGAGAUUAAGCGAGUAGAUUACGAGGAAAGUGAAGAAAAAAAAAGACGCAUAUCUCAGGUGAAUCGUACUACCGUAAGCCAGUAGUUCUCGAUUUAUUUUAUUAUCUUUCUCGCCCUUCUGCUUUGUGGUUUACAUAUACAUAUACAUGUAUUUAUACAAUUCUUCACCAUAUUUUUUCGACGACUCCUCGCGUGAACGAUCAGGAUCGUUUUAAGGAGUCGUACGAAUACCGAUUAAUAUAUAUAGUAUAAAUAUAAAUAUACCGAACAUAUAAAUGAAAACGGUGCAAGCGCUGUUACGAGAAAUAGGUUUAAAUGAAUGAAGCGUCUACUUACUGCCGCUACUUUAUUUUAUUCGAUAGUUACGAUCAUGUUACCGAUGGAUUAUUAAGAAUUAUCGAACUGAUUACCAAAUCACAAUGCAUUGAAACGCUGUUAUAUAUUGAUACUUUUACCGAUUCUACCGCGGAGAAAUAACACUGGUACUAUUAUUGCUGUUGAUGUCGAGAGCCUAGGGUCAAGACACGGGUGAUAUCCGAACAUAAUUCAACACUUUACAACUUAAACACUUACGCGUUAGUGCCAAACAAACUGAGAACACAAAGAAAGGAAACAUAGAAAUUAAAUCGCAUUUUCUCGAUCGUACAUUUUUCUACUCAGGAUAGGUAAUCGAAUUUCUAUUAUUUUUUUACGCAUCUCCACACACGAGACGGUAACAUAGAGACGACGGACGACAUACACUUCAUCCGUGAAAAAAGCACACAUAUCCGGAAAAGAGAGAUAGAGUGAUGCAGAUUUUUCUUGUAAAACCGACACUGACGCAUACCAUCUUCUCCACUUUUACGUUUUUCUUCUCUUCUUUUUAUAUAGAUAUACCGUCGUUUUAUAAAGAAUUUAUGAGAUUAUUAACUACAAUGAUAAAGAAUGGACAGGUUGUCGAGUUACCAUAUUAUUAAAUAUAUCAUGUAGGCCACGUGUGUAGAUUCUUCUUGGUGAAUGCGUGCAAAGCGGAGGUUCGUAUCGCGCGAGAAAAUAAGCAAUAAUCGUUAAGAUACAUAGAGAAGAACUGAUCUUUCCUUUUUGUAAGAGCGUUGUUUUUUUAUAUCUCUCUAAACGCACUGUAUAUAUAUAACCAAGGGACGCCUGUUCUUAAUCGUUAUUAUACACGAACAGGAGUUUCCUGGUGAAAAAUCAGGGCGUUCCACGUGCUACGUAUUAUAAUACGAGAUGCAAGAUUUUUUAGCGAGUACGUUUAUAUUUACCUGAUCGAUGAAGAAUCACGAAGCAAUCGCAUUCGCUUAGAAAGAUCUCAAACGUGACGCGUUGUACGUCACGAAGAACAAUCACUACCACUUUGUUACCUGUUUACAAUGUUUAAAUAGCGGACUUUUGUCCGAAGCAAUAGUCGAGGAUAAUAUAUAAUAGGUGAUAUAAUUAUGAAACCAAUAGACCAGGACGAACAAGAAAGCAUAGGGAAUAAUUGCUUAGAUACCGGUUGUAUAGAAUGUGAUCAAUGCAAUAGUUUAUUAUUAACGAUUUAACCUAUAAAUAGAUAUAUAGAUACUCCUAGUCAGGAUAGCACCACAAUAUUACUUGUUGCAGUAUUUCACACGUUUAUAUUACAGACUUCUAUCUUCUCUCUUUUUAUUCUUUCUCCACUAUUACAAACUCCCAGCCGUUUUUUUUCUCCUUUUUUAUUAUUAUUAUUAUUAUUCGUUUAUCAUCGUUUUCUUCAUAUCCGUCAGUAUCUUGUCUUUUCUCUCGCUCAUCUCUUUUCCUCCUAUUUUUAUUUGUUUGUUACGUUACAGAGGAAAAUCAGAGUUUAACGAGAGUUAUCUCACAACGAUACGCCUAUCUUCUUAAGAUAUCAAAGACAAUAGUUAAUAGGGGAUUAUUUAGUAUUUAAAUGGUCGUAAAAGAUUUAGAAUAUAUUAGUAAAAGGAAACUAUUUGUUUCGUUUCCGUUUUCGUUGUCUCGUUCUUUCCCGUAUUUUCUUGUUCGCGUUGCAUGUGUUCUUUUUACGUUUCUACAUUCUCCGCAUAAUUCUCUCUUUUUUUUUUUUUGUUACGUUUUUCUUAUUUUCUUAAAUACGAUAUCAAAUCGCGAACCGGAUCGUUCGCGUAUUCUGCCAAAUGACGAUACGUAUGACAGUACUACCUCAUCGUUUUUUAUAAGAAUGCAUACAAAACACAGGGAACACUGAGAGACCACUGAUAGAAUAACAUCUGUACAUUCCGUACAGCCGCCACUACUCGUCCGGUUAAUGUCGGGAUUAUUCUCCUGCUGUUAUACCCUGAGAUACAGGGUACGAGCGUGAAUCUUGAAGCUCUUCAUCGAAAUUCCAUGCAAUAUUAAUAUUUAUUUUCCAAACUUGCUGUCAUUCAACACAUACGAGGAAUAUAAUGAGUUAUAUUUUCUGUUUUUCAACGAAACAAUUUUCUGAUAACUAAUCUCAAUAUUAUCGAAAUUGUUGUAUAUUUGCUUUUACGAAUUCAAUAUGUAUCAUUAUAUCAUGAUAUUUGAAAAAACAGCGUUCAGUGCUGCAACAUUAGUUGUACAUUUGAUUUCAUACAAAAGGAUUUAUUACUUACCUUAGAAAGAUUAUAUUCAUUUACAAUUAUAUCAUCAGAGAAAACACUUUGCGAAACAGAAACUUGAAAAGACGAACUUAUCACAUUUUCUUCGCGCGAUCGUCGCGUUGUAAUCGUUCGUAGAAUUUGUGGAAGAUCGUUUUCGUUCUACCAUUUACAGAUCGUACAAACGACGUCUCCUUCGAACUUUCGAACAAUUUCAUUUUAUAGACAUUAGUUUAACGCAAGUGCCGUAUUAGCAAAGGAAUUUCUGAUAGACGAAAAGCUUCAAGGAUCGCAAGCACACGUGAUAUAUAAGCUCUACAUACGAUUAUAUAGUAGAUCCGUUUUUUUACGAAGUUGCAUUAUCGCAUACGUACACAACUGUAUAUGUAAUAACUUACCAUUAUCUAAUAACUUUCCACUAUAUAAGCACAGUGAGACACGUGAAUGUGAGUACGCGCGUGUGUGUGCGUGCGUGAGCGCGAGAGACUGCGUGACAAUUUACAAAUAAAGAAACGCGGCGAUUUCAUCGUUUGGCAAGCGAAGUCUGGUUCCUCGGACCGAUCACGAUUUUUCAGUCAGAGAAAUACGAAAAAGAAAAAGAAAGAAGAACGGAAUCAGGUGAGAAACAAAGGAAACAAACGAAAGUAUUGUUUCAUCAUGAACAAAACGAAAAAUAUGUGAACUGAAAAAAGAUAUCGCGAGUGUGCAGUGCACAGGUUUAAUUGGCGAGAGCGAAGAGGUUUUCAACAAAUGGGUCUAAAAUGGAGAAAAUCCAAGUGAAAAUAUCAAAUCAGCGAAAAGUGUUUCGAGUGCACGCGUGCUUGUUUCGUCGACGAAUUUCGCGGAUCAUGUUUUCCGAUCAUCUCGAAGGGGUUGAUAACAAAAAAAAAAAAAAAAA